AAGAAGUGUAUUGUUUCUACAGUGGUGGUCGGCCAUUUGCACCGUGUGACAGAGUAUUUAGAUCUUCAUUCUGUCACCGGAGUCCUCACUGUGAAACCACCAAAAAUUUACAAUGGCGACCAUUUGAUUAUAGCUACGAAGUUAUACAAAAAGUGACCAAAUUUUUUUACAUAACUUUUCAUAUAAGUGGUAGUUGUGAAUAACUUAAUUUUAUUUUACUUUUCAUUUUGUGAAUAAUUUUGGUGUUGUUAACUUCAAAAUGGUAUUUAAUAUAUUGUAAAUCAGUCAAAUGUUAACGUGGUCUGCAUCCGUUCGUCGCUGUCAUAGCGCCGUCCUUUUCCCACUCACGCACAUAGACGGAGCACAGCUCUCCGUCGUGCUUCUUCGUGGGCAGUCAUUGGAAUAUCCAUUCAAUGGCUGGAGGACAAGAAAAAUGGUAUUUUACAAAAGAGCAACUACAGAAUUCAGCAAGCCGAAAAUGCGGCUUAGAUGCGGAUAAAGAGCUAGCAUAUCGGCAGCAGGCCGCGAAUCUCAUACAAGACAUGGGCCAGCGGCUUCAAGUUUCUCAGCUAUGUAUCAAUACAGCAAUAGUUUAUAUGCAUCGGUUCUACGCGUUCCACUCCUUUACACAGUUUCACAGGAACGCUAUUGCCGCUGCAGCACUGUUCCUCGCCGCAAAGGUCGAGGAGCAACCAAGAAAGUUAGAAUAUGUAAUAAAGGUAGCACAUGUCUGUCUCCACAGAGGUGAGGGAGUGAACGCUCUCACCUCUGAACAGUAUCAGGAACAGGCGCAGGACUUGGUUUUCAACGAGAAUGUCCUGCUACAGACAUUAGGUUUCGAUGUAGCGAUCGACCACCCGCACACGCACGUGGUGCGCACCUGCCACCUUGUAAAAGCGCCCAAGGAUUUGGCUCAAACAUCAUACUUUAUGGCGUCAAACAGUCUGCAUCUCACGACGAUGUGUCUCCAGUACAGACCGACGGUUGUCGCUUGCUUCUGCAUACACCUGGCAUCGAAGUGGAGUAAUUGGGCGAUACCGCAAUCGCACGAAGGCCGGCACUGGUUCUCGUACGUGGACCGCAGCGUGACGACGGAGCUGCUGGAACGGCUGACGGCCGAGUUCCUUCACAUAUUCGACAAGUGCCCGUCGAGGUUGAAGCGGAAAAUGAUGACAAUGUCAAACAGUGGAGGCUCCCCGGGAGCGCACCCGCCCGGCUCGGCGGUUGCGAACUCUCCCUUCGACAAAAACAAGCACUCGCUCGUCAACAGCGAUGAAAUCGACAAGUCAUUUGAUAAAGAAUAUGAACGCGAAAGGCGACGUCAACAACCCCCGGGAGGUUACGUGCCGGCAACCGCGCCACCGAACCCCACACAACCACAGAAAAUAGAUUACAAUCUAUACAGAGAGAAACGGGAGAGAGAAGAGAGAGAGAGACGGGAGGAGAGGGAGAGGCGACAACAACAAACUAUUCAAAGGCCAGGGGUUCCUCAACCGAAUCCAAGGCCGAACCCACCACCACCACACCACCGACCCUCCAGCCAACACCACAAACCUCACCAUCCUUGGCCCCACAAACCGCCCCAUCACAAACCGCCUCACGAUCACAGGCACAGACAACUACCCGUACCUUCGACUUCUUCAAGUCAGCCGGUGGUUCCGCAUCAGCCGGAAGUCCCCCAACGUACCCGUCCACCGUCUUUAUUCUCACCAGAGAAUACUACCCCAGCGGUUGCGGCGUCUGCACCCAGACGACCCCCCUCGAACCCCCAACAGAGGCCUAGGCCGGAACCUAGACCGGUUCCCAAUUUACCUCAACCUCCUCCAAACGUAGCACAGGAACAAAAACCUCAUUCAGCCAGUCCACACAAAAAACGUCCAGACCCCACGGCUGUUGUUCGAGACAUGCAACCCCCUGCCAUUCUAUCGCCCUUCUCGUCACCCCCUAACAAAGAAAUGAAAUCUAGACAGAGAUUGCCUUCAAACUCUGAACCUGAAUUAGUACCUGUAGUUAAAAAAAUUGAUGAAACGCCCGGUUAUGAAAACGUCAUUAGGGACUCUCAGCGCGGCAACGCUAUCAAAACUAGACAGCCCGAGAGGAAGCCCGACACGAGGUCUCUGAACGGUAUCGAAACGGAUCCCACUCUCGUAUCGAAUCUCCUCAAGGAGAGCUUAGUGAAACCGGUUCCCAUUACCGUCCCGACGGAGAAGAAAUCGCCCGUGGAGGUUAAAAAGGAACCGGUGAUAGAGACGCCCGCGCCCCCACCGGCUCCCCCACCUCAAUUGGAGCCCCCUCCCGUCCCCCAACCCCAGCCUCAGCCGAUCCCUCAGCCGACCGAGGAGUCGGAACACAAACACAAGAAAGAGAAGAAGAAGAAGGACAAACACAAACACAAGGAUCGCGACAAAUCGAAAGAGGAGAGAAAGAAACACAAGAAGGACAAGGACAAGGAGAAGAAGGCGGAACCUCUCCCCCCCGCUCCCGAGACGGACGGAACCCUCCGGAUAACGAUACCGAGGGAGAAGCUGUCGACGAGCCCCGGGCUCAAGAUAAAGAUCCCCAAGGAGAGGCUCGCCGUCCCGCCGCCGCCGCCGCAGAACGCCGGCCUCAAGAUCAAGAUAUCGAAGGAGGUGCUCGAGACGUCGCGCAAGCGGCCGGCGGGCGACCACGCGGGCCCGCCGCACAAGCUGCCGCGGCCCGAGGCCCCCCACCCGAACAAGGUCGACCACACACUCGGCAACGGGCACCCGGGCAAGUGACACCACACAUCCCGUAGCGCUACGUGUGUCGACGUUCCUCAUCAACAAACGGACCUCACUAGUGUAGUGUAAUUACUACCGGUUUUAUUUGUUUGUAACUCUUUUUUUUUUAUUUCCUCCCCACACUCAUGGUCACACGCGACGUGUCGCGAUGCUUGGGCGUUUGAUGUUAGUUUCAUCAUUUUUAUUUCUCGUGUCGAUUUUUUUUUUUUUUAAUUCGUUCUUGUUUCGAAUAUUGACUAUUUUUGUAAAUGGAAUGUUAGUUUUGCGAUGAAAAGUGAUGGAACUAUAUGGUUUGAGAAUUGUGUUUGUAAAUAUGGGACGAAUUGUCUUUUUUUUUUUAAAUCGGAAAUGUAUAUAAAAUUAAUUAUAUAACCAGUCGCGUCUAAUUAUUCUAAUGCCUGCAUUUUGGAUAUAAAGUUAGCCCAAUGAUUGACUGAAAAAGCAUUGUUCCCGCUUUGUUCAAAACAAGUUGAAUUGUAUUUUAAUCGAUUAAUUUGUAUUUAUAUAUAAAGUGAUAGUGGAUUUCAUAUCGAUUCUGUAAUCGAAAAGUUAACGAAUAUCUUAUCGUCAUAUAAACUCAAAUGAACAUGAAUUAAGUUUUGUUGUACAGGAGUGGAUUUGAUUCGGAAUAUUUUUAAAUAUAGUGUCUGUUUUGUGAUAUGUUUGAUUCUAUUUUUGUAAUACAUAUAUGUCAAUAAAAUGAUUUUACACUUAAAUAAUUGUUAGAUAACAAAGUCUCAAAUUUUGUCGCCAUUUUGCCGUAAGGCUAAAUCCUCUCCUGGCUUUUUUAAUCAACGAAAUAAUAAAACAUUAAGUAAAUAAUGGAAUAAAAUAGUGAAACGUACGUUAAAUAUUUUCAUUCCAAAAUCGAAAUGAAAUUCUUAGUAAUCAACAAGUUCCUUGUAUGCUUUUUGGAUAUAUCCAUCUUACUAAUGAUAAUUGAUAAAACUGAUAAAAGAUUUUUAAAUAUUCGAAUUAUGACAGUUCGCUAUGCCUUAUAAAUGUUAUAGAAUUCCAUAAAUAAAUUCAUAAUUAAUGCCUGUUUAAUCUUUCGAACCAGAGAUGGCGCUGUAUGUACAUUUAAACGAGCUAUUGUUUGGUUUUCUUUACUGUUUAACGUUUAGUAGUAAACCACCCACCCACUGGCAUUACAUUAUCGCCAGAGUGUCGGGUAUACAGCAGUCAAUAGUCUAGUUUUAUAUUAAUAUCCGGCUCGAAGGACCAUAAUCAAUCAGACUCAAUUUCAAAGUUUCAAAGUUAAAAAAAAAAUUAAUAUACUUACCAUAGCUCCGAUUUCUUGCAUUUUUCCGGGAUUAGAAGUGAUCUGUGUCUCUUCAGCCCAUAAAUUGUAUGGGAGAAACAUGUCGAUAAAAUAUAUUAUGAAUAUUUGUACAGAUUAACAAUUGUACAAUAUAAUUACAUAAUACAAAACAUUAGUAAGAAUUAAUCAAUGACACUAAACUCUGAUCUUUUGACUUGUGACACUCAUGGGGUCAAUAAACUUGACACUCACAGCUGACUGAUUGUUUGACGAUAAUGCUGUCCUAGUAACUGUUGAGCUGAUAUUGUUAUAGGAGUUUUUCUGAUAAUAUUUCUCUAUUAGUCUGGAGUUUAGAAAUGAAACUUCCUCGAAAGCACGCAAAAGCAUGCGAAUACUGAACCCCGAAAUACUUUUAUAUGUGAUUGUGGUCCUGUCCAAUAUUGCGUUUAAGAACGCACUUGUGAUCUAAUGAUAGCUUGAUUAAACGUAAAUAAGACGUCUUUAAUAUAUCUAUAAUCGAAGUUAAUAUAUAAACAUAAAUAAUAAUAUUCUCUCGUAAAGUAAAAGCCUUCGAAUAAAAAGCACAAUAUGUUCACAUUUUAUAUGAAAUAAUGUUAAAUAUCACAUAGCAAUAAUAGAAUUGAAGUAGUUUUAUAGCAACUAAAAGAUAUAGACUGAGAUUUUAAAUAUGUAUGUACAUUUAUAUUAAACUUAGAAACCAAAAUAAUACCCAAAAUUACUUAGAUGUAAAAUUUGCCUCAAUUUUUUUUUUUUAUCGAUAAGUAAUUUCAUUGUUUGUUUUGUCUGAAAAGGCGAAGGUAAUUGAAUCAUACAGCCUAUAAGUAAUAUCGAAUUGUUUUGUUUCAAUUUUCAGUAAAUGAAUACUUUAAAGUUAUUUUAAUUGUAAUCUUAGUAUUUUUAAAAAAGUAGAAUAUAUUUUAGUUGAAUUUUAUUCGUCAUUAAGUGACUACGAAAAUAAUUAGCUUAUAGUUUUAAUGUAAUUGUAGUGUAGGGGCCGCUUAGUAUAUUUUUUUUCGUCUCUGGCAGGCCCAAGACUAAACAUUGAGUUUUUUUUUUUUUUUUUAAAUUAAAUACCAUUUGAAAAAGUAAAUUUAUCUGUGGCUGUGAAGACCACUGCAGUCUUAAUUUAAAAAUUAGAUAACAUUUUUUUUUUAGUUAAAUAGUUUAUCCGUUAAGAUAGUGUAUUGAAUUUAAUUUCGAUAUGUGACGGUUCUUAUGAUAUACUGACGAUUUAACUUAGGUGCGUUGAAGUUAAGUGAAUAAAUUUAAAAAUGUAUGAAUAAAUGACCUAACUAGUAAUGUUUGUGAACGAAAUGUGUCCGUAAGUGCUGCAAUUAUUUUCAUAUAAAUAAUACUUAAUGUCCGUUAUAAAUCUUACGUCCUUGACCAUGUGGUCAUUUCAUGUGUUUAGAAAUAGCUAGAGAAUGUAGUAUUUUAAAAUCGAUAAGUAAUCGUUUCUUAUAUAAGACUCGAUGAAAUUAGAUCGUUGACACAUUUUUUUUCUCUUAAGAUGAAAAUUAAAAAAAAAAGUAAUAAUUUUUAGUCGUAGACGUUUAUCGUUAGAAUUAUUUCUUUUUAAUAUAGAAAUAAGACGUGUAAAUUUUGUAAAUUAUAUACGAAUUCGUAAGUUAGACGAUUCUAGCGUUAUUUUUCAUUAUCGAGAUGAUUAGAAUUAUAAUGUCGGAUAGCUUCGAUUCGAGUAUUAUUUGGGAAAAAACUCGGAUCGGAUUUAAAAAUAAUAAUAAUAUUUCCGAACAAAGUGGGACAAUGUACGUUAUUAACAUAUUUAUUAUUAAUAAAAAAAAAAGAAGAAGAAGAAAUACUGUAUAAUAAAAUUAUCUAAAUAGGGUACGGCCACGGUUCUUAAUGCUGAAAUAAUACAUGUGAUAAAACAGUUUGAAAUCAGGUAUAUAAUGGUUGUAACUAGAAUUGUUGUCUAAAUGUGUAUACGUACGUUCGUUUUGUAAUCGCCUGUUGGGUGACCCUGAAAUUUUUAGCUUUUGUACAAUUUAAUCGCUUGAAUCGUGGUCGACACGUUCAGGGCAGCCCUCUUGGAUUCUGACCAAAAACUUAGCUAAAAUGUAUGCGAAAAAACAAAGUAUUAAGAAAUUAAAAAAAAAAAAAAAUAGCAUAUCUAUAUAUUUGGAAUUUAUUUCGCCGUUUAAUUA